AUGUGCAGUAAUGAGGCUGCAGUGAUGGGCACUGAUAGGCUGCACUGAUGUACACUGAUAGGUGGCACUGAUGGGCACUGACUUACCCAGGGGCGGACUGACAACUCAUAGGACCCACCGGGCAAUAGGGGAUCAUGGGGCCCCUGUUUCCUUGCCCAAACUCAAAAAAGCCUAUGAAAAAGGUACCAGGGGCAUCUCAUGGGGCUCCCUACUGACCCCGGGCCCUCGGGCAAUGCCCGAGUUUCCAAAUGGUCAGUCCGCCCCUGCACUUACC